AUACAAUGUGUAACGCUAGUAUUGUAUUACAUUGCAUUGAAAAUACCUCUAGUGGCAGAAAGUUUGAAUUACAUCAUUCUGAAGCUCUCAAAACGUUUUAUUCCAUUGGUUCCCUUUGGUCACGUGUUCAUUUCAAAGAUGGCGUCUCAAAACGGAGGUGAAGACUUUGAGACCUCUUUGCUCAGUUUUGAAAAUCUGGACAGAGCAUCCCCUGACCUUUGGCCAGAGCAGCUGCCCGGAGUCGCUGAAUUUGCUACAUCUUGUAAAAAUCCUAUCACAGACUCUCCCCCUAAGUGGAUGGCUGAGCUAGAGAGUGAGGACAUAGAGAUGUUGAAAGAGCUCGGUGCCUUGACAACAGCUAACCUGAUGGAAAAGGUCAAAGGUCUUCAGAAUCUUGCUUAUCAACUGGGCUUAGAAGAAUCCAGAGAAAUGACCAGAGGCAAGUUCCUGAACAUCUUGGAAAGGCCAAAGAAGUGACACUUGUAUUAACAUUUUUUAAAAGUAUUCGAUAUGUGGGACUGCAAGAUGAAUUGAAUUACCUGAUUAAUUAUAUCACAAAACUAUCAAUUCCUAAAUGGAGCAAAACUCUGAACCUGUUGUUCUCCAAGAUACUAUUUUAUUUGCUUUGCACUUAUGUUUCUUAUUUAUACUCAUUUCCAUUUUAACACUGUUGCUGUUUGCUUCGC